ACUGGCAGCACACACAGUUCUCUCUGAUAGUCCAGCGAGUGUGGAGCUCUGAAGAAACACAAUGGCUUGUAUAUAUGGAGACGUGACGAGGAUCCACACGACUGGGGCUUCGAAAGAGACUGGUCGACAGGACGGCCAACCGCUACAGGGGGAGAAGGCUUCCCACGCACUGGCUGCCACUGACUUAUCAAGAAUGAACAAAUAUAAGUCGACCAUCACGAAGGUUGCCCGGGAUCACCAGAUGGACCCGGCUGUCGUCGCCGGCAUCAUCUCUAGAGAGUCAAGGGCUGGAAAUGCCCUGGAUAAGGGAGGUUGUGGUGACCAUGGAAAUGCCCAUGGACUAAUGCAGGUUGACAAGCGCUGGCACACGCCCAGAGGAGGACCAUACAGUGAGGAGCACAUCUCUCAAGGAACCAAGAUCCUGUGUGAUUCAGUCGAAGAAAUUCAGAGAAAAUUCCCCAACUGGUCCAAGGAGCAACAACUCAAAGGUGGACUAUCGGCUUACAAUAUGGGUGCGAGCAGAGUGCCCAGCUACGAGCAGACGGACAUCAACACUACUGGGGGAGAUUAUGCCAAUGAUGUUUUGGCCAGAGCUCAGUGGUACAAACAGAAUGGCUUUUAAACUGAGCUAAUCUGUCUCUCACCAUUUAAAUGUUUCCGUUUAUUUUAAUGACUGUGAAACUGUCAGCAGGGCGCAUGUCUGACCAUUUAAGCCCUUUCAAAAUGCAUGAUGACCAACAUAUUACCCACAAAAAAUACACUUAAAUAAAGGGCUGAAUUUCACAAAA